UACCUACGCAUGAAUGCGGCCUCUACCUUCAGCGCGAAUGACACGCUUGAUAUCCUCUACAAAAUUCGUACUGCGCACUGUAUAGAUAUUUCACGCCUACGCAUAGGUCACAGGUAUGUGCAUACAUACACGUAUGCGCUCGUGGGGAAAUGCAGGUGUACGUACAUAUUACCUGUAAGAAUGCGCGCACGCAUAUCAACCUUCAAGUCCGGGCGGUCGCUUUUGUUAUCCGCCUAUUAACGGCACGGGCACGCGUCAAGGAAAAAAAACAUACCUACCUACCUACCUACGUGCACAUAUUCAAACAAAUCGAUCGCCCGUAUUUUCACGAUAAAAAAACACACUGUCAUCUAACCUACAACGCAUGAGUAACGAAAUUUUGAAAGCUCGCAACUAGAGCCUCAUUCCCAUGCCUCUCUGGGAUUAAUUAACAUUUAUUCAAAGACAAAAUGUCUUGGCUGGGAUGCCUCCCUUGGUCAGAGGGAAUAAAGAAAAGGGCCUGCAGGUACUUGCUGCAGCGAUAUCUCGGACAAUUUCUUGAAGAAAAACUAACGCUCGACCAACUCACUGUAGAUCUAUACAAUGGGACUGGUCGCGUUACUGACGUCAAGCUCGAUGUUCAGGCUUUGAACGAGAUGGGUGAACAGCAGCAUCUGCCUGUUGAGUUUAUCGAUGGUUUUGUAGAAGAGAUGUCGGUCAGUAUACCUUGGUCAGCGUUGCUGAGCGAAGCCAGCUAUGUCGAAGUAACGGGACUUCGGCUCACGGUACAGCCGAGGCAAAGGGUUGACACCGGAACUUCUAUGUUUGAGUCUAUGUGGAGCUCCAUGACUUCGAGCAUGCAGCUUGCCCAGGAAUGCCUGCAGCAGGAUGUAGCGGGAGCAGAAAGUUCCCAGCCUCUUGAAGGACUUGAAUUAUUUGCCCAGGCAAUUGACUCGAUACUAAGCCGAGUCAAAGUUAGAUUUUUGGACACGGUCAUCCGUAUGGAACAUGUACCGUUGGAUUCGACCACUGGUGUUGCCGUACAAAUGUGUGUAAAGAAUUUAGAGUACUCCGAUGAGGCGGGUUCCGACCCUGGCAACUCCACUCUCGAUCCAAAUCAAACAUCCAAGGGCUAUGUAGUGUCUGCGUUUGCAACAAAGAGAUUUUACCUGGAAGGGGUUACCUUUCACACUGACGAGUUUCCCUCGCUCGCCAGAACGUUCUCCAGAAGCGUUAUGAUAGCAAGCAGAGGCUCUACCCCGGACUCAAAGAAUUCUGAUGGCCAAUUUUCAUCUGCACAAAUAUCUCCGACGCAAAACAUGCAAACUCCGCCAGAAAAAAAUAUUAUUAACAAUUUAGGAGAAUCUGAUCCGAUAAUGUUUGCGAAGUUAGCUGGGAGGCAAGAGGUGCGACUUAAAAUCAAGCAGGGGGAAGGAGUGUUGGGCCCCAAGGUGGAACUGGAAGUGACACUUGGAUCAUUGACAUCUUUUAUUAGCCCUCGACAGUUACACGUUUUAAUCGAGCUGGCACACGGGCUCGCCUCACCGGACCUGGAAGACACCAGCAAUGUUGCUCCAAGGCCUUGUAUGGAGAAACCUAUGGCAGGUAGCGAUUACAAUCGUAUUGAGCGUGAGCUGUUGCAGCAAAUCCAUCCUGUGCAAGGAGUCCGGACAAGUGAUUUGCGCCAUACGCAAGGAUGGUCAACAGCGUCGCUCGACGAAUCUGACAAUGAAGAAGAAUUCUUACCGAUGCGGCUACCCGGGAUGCUGACAACUAGCGACUCUGUUACAAGCAAUCACUCUAGUAUGGAUGGAAGUAUAUCAGCCAGCAGCGUCAGCUCCAAAAGCUCAGUGUCCAACAUUCACAGAGCCAAUAAGCCCAGGCAAAGCGUGGACAGUGACCCAACCGUCGAAAUAUUCCAGUUUCAUGUUAGGCUUUCGUCAAUAGCCGUCGUUUUACUGCAUGAGGAUAUACUCACAACGUCUAUCGAGGGAUUGGGAUUGACAAAAGCUAGUAGAAGACAAAUGAAGAACGUGGCUGACGAAUUUUUUACAAAACUAGGAAUUUUUGCAGCAACUGGAUAUGGAAAUAAGGAUUUUGACAGAGCUUCAAAGUUAUUCGCAGAGGCCUGUUACCUCAGUCAUAUAAGGCUGUUGGCGGCACCUCUUGUCAUUGAAGCAAGUGAGAAAACCACAGCACAGGCCUCAACGACAUCUGGCAGCAUUAGUUUAGCCACCUUGGAAAUACUCGAAUGUCUAAUCGAUUCCAAUGGUCCGAAUUCCAAGAAAACUGCAGCCGUCGAAUAUGUGGAGUUACUAGGGUUCCCAAAAGACAGCGCAGCAAACAAUCACAGUUUUACCAAUAAGACUGAUUUCCGAGCACGAUUCAAAUACAGCGAAAAAGCUGUGAGACAUGCUCAGUUUACCAAAUUCGCACAUCCACGCACAGAAAUUGACAUUCAAUUGGAAGAAUGUAGAAGCGAAUUGGAUAUUACAAUAGUGGAUAGGAUAUCAGCGGUUCUGAAUCCACAUCCAAUAUGCACCUCUACGCACCCUGUCACAGCCUCAAGAGAUGCUGUUAAUCAGCAAGCGUUGUUCUAUCAAGCGGUAGAGAGUCCAUCCUUACCGGACUCAAAAGUUGAUGUGAAGAUCUCUUCACCAAACUGCAUGAUCAAACUCAGGUUUCCAGUACCAGAUUUACGACCUCUGCACGAUAUGAAUCGGACACCCUGGUGGAAACGAUCAGUUCGACCAGAUUUCGUGACGCUGGAGUUGACGGAUGCUCAAGUUCAUUCCUGCAUGGAAAGUCGCAAUCAUUGCCAGGCUCGGCAUGAGAUUCAGUGUCGCCAAAUACUGCUCACUUACAUAGAAGUUGAUGCCAAUGUCGCAGUAGAAAUUGGGAGGGCAUCUACCGAUGAGAAAGCUAACAGUUCAUUGCCCCAAGGUGGUGAGGGUUUUGGAUGGCCAAGGAUGGUCAUUAGCGUGUACCCGAAGCAUUUGGGGGGACUCUUGGAAGAUAGCUCAGAAGGGGAGCAAGAGCCGAGCUUAGAUGACACAUUGGAAAACACAAUUAAGCAUCAGCCCUCACCAUUUAGUUCGAAACGAGUUGUCCACGAGUCAGACACACCUCAUUCGAAACCUCAACCUCACAGUGACAAAAAUACUUCUCCAGAUCACAGAGAAGGAGAGGAGCUAGUGAUACCCGGGAAUCGACAGGAGAUGCUCGAUUUCAUUGAAGAUGGAACGCGCGGAUCUAGAAUACAGCUGGAAAUAAGUUUGCCGUGUGCCUCGGUCCAAAUACCUUCCAAACAUUUGUACGAAUUGCUUUAUAAUCGAUUUAACGCCGAUCUUUUUCUCUGGGAACCUUCUGCGCCAAGGCCGAAAACUACAACACACGCCGAAUCGCAUGUUGGAUUAGAUUUGGCGUCGACGCUCCUGCAAGAGUCUAUAUAUCCCAGAUUUAGCAUGUGCAAGAGCGGAAUUCAAUAUGAUUCAGAGUCCGACUCGGACGAGGACGGUAUCUAUCGUUCGGCAGCUGAAAGAAGUUGCAGACAAAAUGAAAAAAAAAUAUUUCGUACCGGACAAAGUACCGUGGCACUGUCUCUGACUAUAAACCAAGGGCUUGUAAGCAUGUUUCCACCCGUACGGGAUUCGUCUCACAACGUUAUUCCUGGGCAGCAGGGCGAGUUGAUCUUACGGUUGGAAGAUGCUCUUUUAUUUUCAAUCAGCGCGUACAAAGGAAAUAAUAAUUUGGGCUAUGUCUGUGCAAUGUUGAGAACUGUUUCCUUGAGUCAUUGCGGUUUAAUAACUUCGCCAUCCCAGGCACCUCCACUACGAAGUAUGAACAGUAUAAUACCCAGGCAUUGUCAGCCAACCUUAUAUCGCAGUGAACGAGGGGCAAACGUAACUGUGAAUUCUACCGAAAAAGAUAUGCUGAGUGUCGCUGUGAGAAUACAAUCGUCGCAUCAGACUCAUAGAAUUAAGACCUUUCGAGUAGCAGUAGGAAUAAGAAAUGCGACAUUGAGACACAGAAUGAGUUCAACACAGGCAUCUUGGUUCACUCAAUUGACAGACUGUUUGGAUGUAGCUGAUCACCCAGUUGCUGGUUAUUCGCCACCUGGAGUACUCACUGAAUUACAUUUACACCUUUGGGAUUGUGCAGUCGAUUAUAGGCCCAUAAAUCUGCAGCUGCGAUCGAUGGUUACGCUAGGAAGUUUUAGUGUAUCCAGUAAUAUUGCAGCACAGACAAACACAUCAACGCUUCGAUUUAUAGCCGAGGAUGUGGCUCUUUUCAUAUCUGAAAAACUUGGUAACGGCGUGGAACUAAGAAAAGACUAUGUAUGCGUUAUGGAUCUAGGGUUGUUUGAAUUGUCAUUGAGGUUGAAUGAGAAAAUGUGCGGAGGUGCGCCAAGGAUUGAUUUGAGGGCAAGUAACAACGUCUUGCACGUGCGCACUUGUUCAGAUUCCGGGCGUGCCUUGAUGCAAUUGCUAACGUACUUUGCUAGCGACGGAGAUCUUCUACAAUGUUCCAAAAGUUCCGACAGUAUUGCUGUUCCAACCUCGGGUGACGACGAAAGCCUACUAGGGCAAGAUAGUUUGAAUGUUCUCAGCAAGAGUCAAGAGGAACGUGUCAAUAGUUUGAUGGUAGAUGCUAUGGAGGACACUGUUAAAGGUACUCUAAGUAACAACGACGGAAUGUCAUCGUCAAGUCAAAGUCAAGCUCACAUAUUUUUUUUUCCUGGAGAAUCGCACCCGACAUUACACAGCCAGGCAGAAACGGAGAUUGAAAAAACUUGUGAUGGGAAAAAAGUUGAUGGUAAUACUAGUAAACCCGAUUAUCCAGAUGAUGACUUUUGCAUUUUGGGAGAAGAGGCAGGAGCUGGAAUAAUGCCCAGGCACGGGGUUCCCGAAAUUCGUUGGUUAUGCGAGGAACCGAUACGCAUUGUAGACAAUCACUUUUCAAUACCACUUGGAAAGACGGAUCUUUUGAAGGCUCCAAAACAUUUCCCUCCUGCUAUUUUGAGAUAUACACUCUGCGAGAUGACACUGAUUUGGCACAUGUUUGGAGGCAAGGACUUUGGCAGUGUAGAAACUUUGACCAAGAAACACGUUACUAUAGACGAUAAUCCGCACCGUAAUGAAAAUUCACCUCUAGGAAGAAGCCGCUCUGUUGUCAGCGGGAUCGGGGUGAUCGGUUUCAGCAAAUCUGCACCGAACGAAGUGCGCUUUGGAAGUGUGCCCAACUCGCCUAGAGCGAAAAUGAGGGAAUCUUUCUCCGAUUGGCAGUCAAUUGGAGGUCCCGGAAGACAAGGCGAUGUUCUCAUGGAACUGCAAUUGAACAAGGUUCGUUUUCAGCACGAAGUUUACCCAGAUAGUACACCCGAGGCUUCAAGACAAGUUUUACUGGUGAAUGAAAUCGAAAUACGGGAUCGCCUGGAAUCGUCGCAUAUAAACAAGUUCCUUUAUCAGUACAGCAGCGAGGCACGGCCUAGACAAUCUCAUGCAAACAUGUUUGCCAUGAAAGCUGUUCAUGUACGCCCUGAUCCAAAGUUGACAGCACAGGAAUGUUGCCUAAAGUUGAGCCUGCUCCCAUUGAGAUUGAACAUUGACCAGGAUAGCUUGUUGUUUUUGAUUAAUUUCUUCACCGAACUCGGAGAAGACUCGAAGGAACAACCCGCCCAAGGAAGUGGCAGAUGUAGUACCCCGACUUCCACCCAAUCCUCACCAAAUUCUAAACACAGUACACCUACGCAUCAUCCACCAGUAAUGAGUGUCAACGAAUCGUCAUCGACGUCUUUUUCAUCCACAUCCGAUGGCCUACUGACUGGUUGUGUAUCAUCCCAAGGAAGCAUUGUCGACCAAAACUUACUGAUACUUCUUGAGGACGAAUUACAGAUACGGGAGAGUAAGUCGGAGGCAAAGUCUAGUGGCGAUGUACACGAGGAUACUCAACCAAUCUACUUUAGAAGCGUUAUAUUCGCCCCCGAAGUUCUGGUCAGGUUGGAUUAUCAGGGUAAACGCGUCGACCUUACACAUGGUCCACUCGCCGGCCUCCUAAUGGGUCUCGCCCAAUUGAAUUGUUCAGAACUAAGACUUAAAAGAUUGACCCAUCGUCACGGCCUUUUAGGCUUUGACAAAUUAGUUGCUUUUAUGCUGUCCGAAUGGUUGCAAGACAUAAAGAAGAACCAGCUACCUAGUUUGUUAGGUGGAGUUGGACCGAUGCACUCACUGGUACAACUAUUCCAAGGCAUACGUGACCUAUUCUGGAUGCCAAUUGAACAAUACCAGAAAGAUGGUAGAAUUGUACGAGGAUUACAACGUGGCGCUAAUAGUUUUACUACGUCAACGGCGAUGGCAGCUUUGGAACUUACGUCAAGAUUGGUAAACGCGAUACAAAGUACAGCGGAGACAGCUUAUGACAUGGUCAGUCCAGGGCCGAGUGUCAGGCGAAAAAAUAAAGGGGAAAAGGGGCGCAGAAAACGAUACAAUCAGCCACUGGAUAUUCGAGAGGGAAUGGCUAAUGCUUAUACACUCGUUAAGGAGGGUCUGGGCGAAACUGCAAAUCAAUUGGUACGUGUAGCAAGUGAGGAACAUGAGCAAAAAGGAGUUUCCGGCGCAGUAGGUGGUGUACUGAGGCAAAUACCGCCUACUGUCGUGAAACCGAUCAUUCUUGCAAGCGAAGCGACAAGUAAUGUCCUUGGUGGCAUGCGAUCGCAAUUAGUACCGGAUGCCAGAAGAGAAGCUGCUCAAAAGUGGAGACAGGAUCCAAGAGAUACCAAUUGAAACAGAAGAAAAUACAUUCUGGCGAUUCCAUAAAAUAACUUGUGUUUGACUACUCUGCUGUGUCUCCCCAUUACGUGUAUUGAAACAGAUUUAUUGUCAGAGUUUUUAACGAAUUAUAUUAUACGUAACACUGGUGAAUUUGGGUGGUACACACAUAAUUUAUGAAUCGGCAAGUGGAUAAAGUGAAAACGUCAUGGAGGAAUCAACAGACUUGUUGUAAAGGAGCAUACGACGUCCAAUUAAAUAAGAGUUCUACGGUUACUUCCAGUUCCCAGGUAAUUCCUAUGCCAUCGUAAUUUCAUUAAUUCGUUGUACACGUGCAAUUUGCUAGUACGUCUAUGAAUAUGCUAAUUAUAACAUUACAACUAAUAUAAUUAAUAACAGAUAAAAAUAUUUGGAGCUAAUAAUUUGAACAACAAACAUCCGUAUGCCUGUAUCCGUUAUGCGAUAUAAAAAAAAAAUAAUGAUAAUAAUCAUAAUUAUUAUCAUUAUUAUUAUUUACUUCUAGUAUACCUAUGUAUGUACUUUCGUUCACCACUGAAAUGUGUAUGUUUUAUACCGAUGACAUAUUGUAUAGUAUGUAUUAAAAAAUAUUUGUAAUAAUAAAACGAAUCAAAUAA